GGGCAUCGGAGGACUCGGGGAGGAAGGGGGAGCGUGAGGAGGAGUAUGCCGAUAUACAGUGAGCACAGUAUUGCCUAGUUUAGGUGAUGCCUCGAUGUUUAGGGAUAUUCUGGGGUCGACGAUGGAUCAGGCAUUCACCACAUCGCAUGUUUGUUAUCGUCUCGCGCAGUUGAUGUGUACCUCAUGCUUCGGAACUCCGAACGCAAUAAGUUCCCCGAAGGGCGCAUGUGUCCCAGCAUUUUCUGCGAAUGCAGUUCUGUGUGAGCUCAUUCUUCAUGGUUGGAUUCUCGGGGAGCCCAGAUCAGCGUCACCAUCUGCAUCCUGUUAUCGCGCCGUCGAUGCUCGAAGCGAAUAUGUACAGCGUUUCAGCAAUGCACUUUACGGUAAGUCUCCGAGCCGUCAAGGUCCAUUGUUACCGAUUGACCACUUCGUCAUCAUCUCCACACUCUUGCGUCGGGCACCAUGUUGGGCCUCUCCGGCGUUCCGAGUAGCGCGGAGUUGUGGCCGUGUUGCGCUUGAGCCCCAUUCGUUCCGCCUCGCAGAGAGACCUCUUGCGAAACCUGCAUCUCUGUACGUGUUCUUGUUUUGUGACCCGUCCGUGAAGGAGGAAUCCCGUACACCUUAUGCCCGAAGGUAAAAAGGGAUCCGUUUGGGAUGAGCCCGUGCUCUAAAUUGGCGACGCCCAGGGAAGUUGGCAGGAGUGGUGCGUGCCAUACCCCUGCGAGUCCGCUCCCAGCUAGCAGGACACGCUAUAGUAGGUUCGCGUUGUGUCGAAGCGGCAGUGACCCCAGUCGGCCCAGUGCGUCCUUCCUUGUCGUCCUCCCCCUGCUCUUCCUUUCCUGCUCUUCUCGUCUCCUCGCUUUCCCGCUCCUUAGUAUUCCUUGCUUGGCCCGCUUUUCGUUGUCUGCUUGCCCUUUGGUCCGAAGAAGGGUUGCGCGGCCAGGGCUGCUCCGCCAGCGGAAAGCUGGGCGCCCUUCUCAUUGUGCUUGUUUGACGGUGACUCCGUCAGAAGCGCGGGCGUUCAAGGUUGAACGUCGCCAGCGGCCCAGCAUCGGCCACUACGGGACGAUCACGGGAUCGAGGAGCCGCCGAUUUUUCAUGGCAGAAUGAGCCACGCGGUGCCAGACACUGACGCCAGGGUCGUCACGACACGAAUUUGCCGUAUUGAGGAUGGCACCGUCGUUGUGGACUCGAAGGAGCCGCGGCGCCCAGGGGGAGGCGAUGCCCGUGGUGAGCCCCCUUGCUGGGCGCAGGCGCACACAGGGCGGUGGCCGUCGUGGCCCCGCCGGGCUCUGGGCGUUGAGUCUGCUGGCGCGCGGCCGCUGCACGGAGGGGCUGCCGGCCGAGUGUGAGGCUUUCGGAGAGGGGUUCUACACGCAGGCAGAGCAGGAUUUCGCACCCUUUCGCGGCCUCAGCGAGUGGGAUGCGCAGCGCACCCGCAACUUGUGCCGACAGCAGGGCCGCGCCUGCUUCGUGGUUAAGGUUAUCGGCGGCCGGGUGCACAUCUCCGAAGAGCAGCCAGGAUUCCAGAGCCGGAACCGGAUCACCCAGGCCUUCUUGCAGAGGGUGGUUGCAAAGCACGGGCCAUUGCCCGACGCGGAGUUUGUAGUGGACACGUCGGAUGGUUAUUCCAGCGUGGAGGCCCCGCUCUUCGUGAUCGCCAAGUUCCCUCAGUCCGCUGGUGGCAUCCUGUAUCCCGACUUCUCUUCGUUCGCCUGGCCAGAGUCCGAGUGCCCCACAGAGCCGCCUGGGGCCCACGUCUGGCAUCGCACGGCGGAGGACUUGCUGCAGACGCCGCAGUGGGAGGAGAAGGUGGACCAGCUCUUCUGGCGUGGUGCGGCAACAUCGGCAGUGAGGAAGCAGGUGGUUCCCCACAUCGGGGCGCUCCAGGGCACGAACGUGUCCUUUCUGGAGUGGGGCCGCGCCUCCAGCGGACGGCAGGGAGUGGUCGACGGCACGUGCGUCCCCCUGGCGGAGUGGUGCAGGUACAGAUACCUCGCGAACCUCCCUGGGAACACGAUGGCCCUGUCCUUCAAGCACCGUUUGCUGUGCGGUUCGGUUGUGGUCACGUCGCCUUUGUGGUAUCACGAGUGGUUUUACUCGCAGCUGCACAGCGGUGAGCACUUCGUCGAGGUCGAUCCUGCGUGGAAAGGCGCCGGGCAGGUGCUGAGGGAGCUUCGCGCGGACGAGGCGGCGGCGCGGAGCGUCGCAACAGCGGCGCGGGAUUGGGCGAGGCGCCACUUGACCGAGGAAGCUUUUGAUUGCUACUGGUUGAGGCUCGUGCAGCUCGCCGCCACGCACUUCCCUCCGCCAAAGCCCAGGGCCGACAUGGUGCCGCUCGAACACGCGUUGCUGGCGCCCCAAGCCGCCGCCCCACCGCCGCCACCCCUCUCCGUCGACGCGCUAGGGGCGAAGCCGCAGGUGGACGUGUUCGUCGUCAUCCCCGCGCGGGUGGCGGACGCAGCGCUCAUGGCAAGCGCGCGCAGCACCUGGCUGCGAGGCGGCUGCGGCUCGCUGACGCUCCGACACCGGUUUGUGCUCGCGUCCGAAGAUGUUGGGGCCGCGGAGGUGGCAGCCGACGCGGAGGCUGCAGCGGAGCCCGGCACGGGCGGAGGCGACGUGAUGGUUGUGGAGUGCGCGCACGGGUAUACGGGUCUCCUGCGGAAGAUGGCACUCGCGUACCGCGCGCUGCUAGCUUCUUUUGACGUGGCAGUGUUCGCGCGCGCCGAUGUGGACUCCGUGCUGCCGCUGCCGCUCUUGCUGCCCCUGGCGAUGCUGGCGUCGCGGGGAGGGGCCGUCGUUCGCACGGACGGGUCAAUGGGCGCGGCCUGUGCUGAGCCGCUCUGGCGCAGGGCCAGCGUCGGGACUCUCGGGUGCCAGACCGAGUGCGCGGUGCGACGCCAGUGCAGGUUCUUCUCCGUCGGCCCAGACGGCGAGUGCGCGCUGUUCGCAAAGUGCCCGUCGUCGCCGCCCGGCGGCCUCGGCGGAGGGCGGGGCCCUCACGACACCAGCGGUUCCGCGGUCUACGAGUACGGGUUGCGGGCGCUGCUGCGAGACCCGCUCUCGGGCCAUUGCGAUGCGCCUGUGAGGCCAGGCCGUCCGUUCAUUCUCGGUACGGUGCUGCACGGGAACAAGGUGCUCGUGAACGACACGCAUAACCCGCAGUGGAACAACCCGCGCUACACCGAGGAUCUGGGCUUGAGCGUGUACCCGCCCUAUCCCGAGGCCUCCGGCUACUUCAUGUCUGCAGCUGUCGCCGCCUUCAUCGCAGGAAUUGGAGAUGGUAUUUUGGCCUCGCUGAGCUGGAAGGCGUGGGCCAUCGAGGACGCGGCGCUGGGGACUGCAUUGGCAGGUCUCGACGUGCCGUUGUUGCAGCUGCCAGCCGAGGCCCGUGACCAUAUCCGGGUUAUCAAGGUGCGAGCGGCUUGAUCGACGUUGGGGUGGCGCAGGCUCGAGGUGGGUUGCCCAUGCUCUUGACGCCAGGACACCAGAGGAAGCAGCACGACCUCACCUAUGAGAUAUGCACGACAUCAAGGGGUCCUUUCGGCGCGGCCGCGGACACGAGAAUCGCCUCCAUUGACAGUCGGCCGAGGCGCGUUGGCUGCGGGGACUAAGUCGGAUAACUCGAGCGGGACUUGGCCCUGGACUUUGUCGAGAGGAACGGCUCGCGUUGGCGAGCGCGCGAUUCUGUUGCGGCACGCGAGGGAGCGAGCAGGGGGCGUCUCGACCGCGACGAAACGUCGUGCCCUUUCCAAUUUUGAUCUUCAACACGCUAGACAUUGGCAGCAGGCAUUGUGCAGCCUGUGCUAGCCGCAGGAAUGCAUUAUCAAACUGCCUGCGGGAAGUCCCGCCACCUUGUCAGCCAGGCAUUCUGAGUGGCGAUUGAUUGAGCGGGCACAGGAGGCAGUCACGUGUGACACCUCCUGUCUACAGGCUUGGGAGAGCCGUGAUGUGGAUGUACGUGGCUUCGAUCGGGUGGGGGAUGCAUAUCGCCGGAUGCCGCUAGGGGAUCCUUCAUUAGAAACCAGAGACCGUACCAGCAACGUGCCAGGGGGCACGGUGGUUGCAGGCCGCGGAGGAGAUGUGAGCGCUGAAACCAACAGAGACGUCGAACGCAUUGGCAUUUUCCAUGCAGGCUGCCGUUAACGUGCCUGCCGACGUUUCAUCGUCAGUAUUAUGUGUGGCCGCGGUCUGGGUAAGCUGCGGGCAUGUCAGCGCACAUGUGCACAUCGGUGUUUGCCCAUGCGCUUGCAUUUAAGUCGUUGAGUUUCAGGAAGAACUGAACAGCAGCCACUACGCAUAAAACCAUGUGGGCGUCUCACUCUGCGUGCGCAUGCUGUUCGGAGGGAUGCGGACGCCGCGAUUCAUCCGCUUUGUUAGGCCGCAGUCCAAGAGGAACAUCGGAGGCUGGGGGUGAGGACGACGUGAGACGACGCGCAUCCCAUUGGGAGGCCGGGUUCAGUUCCGCUGCCGUCCGUGACGGCAAAGCGAAGUCGCGCGAACGGCGAGA